AUGGAUCAGGAGUUCAAUGCACUUCUUCACAACAACACUUGGCGUCUCGUUCCACCUGAGCCACACAUGAAUAUCAUUGGGUGCAAAUGGGUGUUCUGCACCAAACGCAUCGCUGAUGGCUCGGUAGAACGCUACAAGGCGCGCUUUGUUGCUAAGGGUUUCAAUCAGGUCGCAGGGGAAGAUUUCUUCGACACCUUCAGUCCAGUUGUCAAACCGACUACGGUCCGGAUGCUCUUUUCUCUUGCCGUGUCAAAUAGCUGGACUCUGCACCAGUUAGAUGUACACAAUGCUUUUCUGAAUGGUCACUUGGCAGAGACUGUUUACAUGAAACAACUACCAGGAUACGAAGACCCGGCGCAUCCUGGUCACGUUUGCCAUCUUCAACGCUCUCUAUACGGGCUCAAACAAGCCCCUCCGGCUUGGUUUAAAAGACUUCAUGAUUUUUUACUGUCUGCAGGGUUCUCGCCUUCCAGAACGGAUGCCUCGCUUUUUCACUAUACCUCCGGCACAUCACGGGUGUUCUUACUUGUUUAUGUCGACGACAUCAUUAUGAUGGGAAACGAGGAUGCUCUAGUCGAUACUAUGCUCCGUCGCCUAGCAUCGGCUUUUAAGAUCCGAGACCUUGGCAAACCUAGUUUUUGUUUGGGUAUUGAAACAAUUGCGGCCGAUGACGGCUUAGUACUCUCACAGCGGCGCUACAUGACUGACUUACUAAAUCGGUCUGGGAUGGUGGACUGCAAACCACUUGCCACACCAGUUGCUAUUACACAAGCCGUUACUCCUUCAACUCAACCGUGUGAGAAUCCAACUCAGUACCGCCGCAUAGUGGGCGCCUUGCAAUACUUGGCUAUCACUCGACGGGACCUCUCUUAUGUAGUCAACCAUGUAUGCCAGUUUAUGCACUCUCCGACUGUUGACAAUUGGGGCCUAGUGCAGCGCGUGUUACGGUACAUCAAAGGCACUCUCGACUAUGGGUUACGCCUCUCAGCUUCUUCCUCCGCUACCAUUCAUGCUUACUCCGACUCUGACUGGAUCGGGUGUCCGAUUGACAAGAAGAGCACGAGUGGGUAUGCUAUUUUCUUAGGCUCCAACCUCAUUUCUUGGCUCUCCAGGAAGCAGCGCAUCGUGGCUCGUUCAUCUACUGAAGCUGAGUUUAAAGCCCUGGCUGAUGUGUCGGCUGAGGUCACAUGGGUCGUCUCAUUGCAUCGGGAACUUGGCUUACACUCUGUAUAA